GCAAGGCAGUUAGCCGGGCGGCGGUAGCAGCAGCAGCAGGAGCAGUAGGAGGAAGUGGCGGAGGAUGGGGUCGGCAACCGGGAGCCGGAGCGGCAGAGAGUCGCGAGCGCCGCUGCCUCAGCCGCGCUGGUUAGCUUGGACUGGCCGGCCCGGGCGCUGCGGGGCUGCGGCGAGCGCCGCGCUCUUGGCCGCUCUCUGCUACUGGAACUCGCUGCAGGGCGAGUUCGUGCACGACGACGUGUGGGCGAUUGUCAACAACCCGGACGUGCGACCGGGAGUCUCCCCGCUGGCCGCCUUCUCCAACGACUUCUGGGGCAAGGGCAUGGCCGAGAACACCAGCCACAAGUCCUACCGCCCGCUCUGCAUCCUCACCUUCAGGCUGAAUAUAUUGUUGGCUGGGAUGAGUCCCUUCUAUUUCCAUGCCACGAAUGUAGUCCUGCAUUGCCUCGUGACGCUUGUGCUGAUGUAUACUUGUGACAAAACUGUUUUCAAGAAUAGCGGCCUGGCGUUUGUCACAGGUCUUUUCUUUGCGGCCCACCCCAUUCACACUGAGGCCGUAACGGGUAUAGUCGGCAGAGCAGAUGUUCUGGCCUGUCUAUUAUUUCUUUUGGCUUUUCUCUCCUAUAAUAGGAGUGUGGAUCAGCUUUAUGUUGGGGAACAUUUCCCUCCCACUGCCUCUCCGUCCUUUUUGCUGCUUAGUUUAUUUCUUGGGACUUGUGCAAUGCUGGUAAAAGAAACAGGGAUCACCGUGUUUGGCGUCUGCUUAGUGUACGAUGGCUUCCUGCUUUCACAAAAGGGAUCCAGAUUAAAAAAUGGAAGGCCCCAUGCAAAGAUGGCUCGGCAGCCGGCAGCUUCUCUACAUGCCCCUUUACUCUCUCCAUCAUCCAGCCGGGAGAACGGGAAGCACCGUGUGGCUCACAAGGGGACGUGGAACUCCUGCCACCCUGCCUCGCCUGAAGAACAACAGGGCAAUGGCCUUUCUGUCUUGAGAAAAGCUCCAUGGGCUGUACUUAGUUACCUGACUGCAAGUAACAAGCAAAAGUUCUUAUACUCCACAAGACCUUUUUUAAAGAGGGCUGCCUUGGUACUUACCUAUGUGAUCCUACUUAUGUAUUUUCGCCUGUGGAUAAUGGGAGGUUCCAUGCCAGCAUUUUCAGAACAGGACAAUCCAGCUUCAUUCUCACCAUAUCUUCUUACAAGGUUUCUAACUUAUUCCUACCUCCUGGUCUUCAACGCCUGGCUUCUGCUAGCCCCAGUUACGCUGUGCUAUGACUGGCAGGUUGGGAGUAUUCCUUUGGUUGAAUCAAUCUGGGAUCUGAGGAAUUUUGCCACCCUGAUCCUGGCAUUUGUGAUGCUUCUGCUUUGUCUACAUUGUUUUGUAGCCUUUAAGAAACUGGAACACAGAGAAGUUCUAGUUGGCCUGUUGUUCCUGAUUUUCCCCUUCAUACCUGCUAGCAACCUCUUCUUCAGGGUGGGAUUUGUUGUGGCAGAGCGCAUCCUGUAUAUGCCUAGUAUGGGCUAUUGCAUCCUCUUGGUCCACGGCUUAAACAAGCUUUACAUGUGGCUAAAUAAAUGGGGAGUCACCGCAAUGUCCUUCUCGGCUUUGCUGCUGCUUCUGUUCUCUUGGAAAACAGUGAAACAGAAUGAAAUCUGGUUGUCAAGAGAAUCUCUUUUCAGAUCAGGAGUCCAAACUCUACCCCAUAAUGCCAAGGUGCACUACAACUAUGCCAAUUUUCUGAAAGACCAAGGCCGUGAUAGAGAAGCCAUCUACCACUACAAAACAGCACUCCAGUUGUAUCCACGUCAUGCAAGUGCCCUCAACAACCUCGGGACAUUGACCAAAGACCUGGCACAGGCAAAGGAAUACUACAGUAGAGCUCUCCAGCUGAACCCACAGCACAAUAGAGCCCUCUUCAAUCUUGGAAAUUUGCUCAAGACCCAAGGGAAGAAAGAGGAAGCAAUUCUCCUCCUGAGAAAUUCCAUUCAGUAUGGACCAGAUUUUGCAGAUGCCUAUUCCAGUCUCGCUUCACUCUUGGCUGAACAGGACCAUUUAAAAGAAGCUGAGGAAGUAUAUCAGGCUGGCAUAGAGAAUUGUCCUGAAAGCUCUGAUCUGCAUAAUAACUAUGGGGUUUUCUUAGUCGAUACUGGAUCUCCAGAGACUGCAGUCUCCCACUAUCAGAAAGCCAUUGAACUUAGUCCUAGUCAUCAUGUGGCCAUGGUGAAUCUGGGCAGACUCUAUCGUUCCUUGGGGCAGAACAAAGAUGCUGAAAUUUGGUACAAGCGGGCACUUAAAGUAGCAUGGAAAGUUGAAAUCCUGUCCCCGCUUGGAGCGCUGUAUUAUAACACAGGCCGAUAUGAAGAUGCAUUAAAGAUUUACAGGGAAGCUGCAUCAUUACAGCCAUCCAACAAGGAGACUCGACUGGCUCUGGCUCAGGUUUUAGCAAUGAUGGGACAAACAAAGGAAGCAGAGCAAAUGACUAGCCAUAUUGUGACUGAAGGGGCUGAGUGCCUGGAGUGCUACCGCCUGUUGUCUGCUAUCUACAGCAAGCAAGAGAACUACAACAAGGCACUUGAAGCCAUAGACAAAGCUUUACAACUGAAACCAAAGGACCCCAAAAUCAUAUCAGAGCUCUUUUUCACCAAAGGAAAUCAGCUAAGAGAACAAAACCACCUGGACAAAGCUUUUGAGAGCUAUAAAGUAUCUGUAGACUUCAACCCAGAGCAAGCACAAGCAUGGAUGAAUAUGGGAGGCAUUGAACAUAUCAAGGGUAACUAUAUCACCGCACGUCAUUAUUAUGAGAAAGCUUUACAACUGGUUCCAAACAGCAAGCUGCUGAAAGAAAAUUUGGCAAAACUGGAUCGCUUAGAGAGACGCCUGCAGGAAGGGCAGGGAAGAGGGUAACUGGGUCUGCAAGACAAAUGUACGCCUCCUGGUUAAUGACCACAUGUUUUGGAAACCCCAAGUUUCCCUCAAGACAAAAGCAAAUGGAACACGGUUAUGGGCAGUGGGGACACAAAAUAAGAGGAGUAUACAUAGGGAUCACAGAGGAGUUGCCAAAGCUACAGGGGUCCUGCUGUUUGCUCCUGGAGGUGCUGUGGGACAGGUGAAAUCCUAACCUUAACCCAGAGAUGAUGGUGGGAAAUGCUUCAAAAAUGGCUAAAAUAAAUGCAUUGCUGGGAUGAUUGUUGGAAGGGAAGCAAUGGCUUGCUUUAGCAAAAAUCAGAGAAAGUAGUCAUCUUGCAAGAAAAAUGCUCUUGAAACCAGGUGCCUGAUUAGCCAAGAAAGUAGCUGCAUCAGCCAGUGAGGAAGUGAGAGAAGAGAUAGGGACAGCUGUCACUGAGGGAAAUGCCACUUACCGGAGGCACUUGUAAAAUCUUGGUAAUAAAUCUUGAAGAAGAAUUGACUGUUAUCUCAGAAGAAAGUGAUGUAGCUCAUUCUUCUCUAAACACUUAGAUCAGGAGCGUGAUUUCAGAAAAAGUCCCCUAUAUGAAACAUCAUAUUUGUGACAGUUUACACUCAAGCUAUCACAGCAGUAAUAGGAAUUUAGAUGAGGAUAUGCUUUUGCCAACGUGAUUAAUCAUUUGUUUUUCCGGGUAAUGAAAACUGGAUAAUCAGGUGAAAAGAGGCAGCUUAAAAACAAAGGGCUGAAUGGAUGUGCUCUGUGUUAGUGAUAUUAAGGGGUCAGAGUUGUUCAGAAUGCAAGAUCUGGGCUUCCCAAAAAAGUUCUCUUCAUGCUUGCAAUGGAUUUCAUUUGCGAAUCCCUGAUCCUUGGGUGACCUCAGAGGCUGAUUUGGGGGGAUCCUGAGUGCCGAUGGUCAGGAAUUGGUAAAAGGAGCUUCUGUGAGAAGGAAGAGCCUCAGAAUGCCUUCUAAACUCACAGAACCUCCUUGAAUGACACAUCUGGAUCUUGGCCAAGAAGAUGCAUGAUAUAGCCAUAUCUUGCUGGCUCCGAAGCCUUUGGAUUUGUUAAUUUUUUGAUACCUGGGAAAUGAAUGAUUUCUGAGGCAUUUUUUUUUUCUAGUGGAAGCUUCACUUCCUUUUCUCUCUCAAAUGAGAAAAAAAGAAUCAGGUUUACAAAAUAUGAUAAAGGGGGAGAAAACUCAUGUUGCAAAAGAUUAAGUGUUUAUUUCUGAAUAUUAUUUAUUUGACAUAACAAAAAAAUUGUAGCUUUAUUUUUUUCUGUGUUAGAUGACUUAGACCUGUGGCUGUUAUUUUUAUGAAGUCAAAGAAGGUAGCAACCUCCAGGGAGGGGGAUGAUAGUCUGAGAAUAGUGGGGCACCUCUGUAGGAUUACAGCUCUUGUACCUGCUUGGUUGAGUUCUUAAGGGUAAGCUCUGCUAACAUGAAGCUGCCUUGGGCUCAGGCACAAUGCAAAUGGAUGGGGAUCAUGACAUUAAAUAAAGAAGCCUGAGCCAUUGUGCCUUGGAAAAGGAGGUCUAGCCCCGUGGUGGGUGCAACUGGAUAACAUGCUAUUAAAAUCUACAGUUUGGUAAUCCAGUUUGAUCCUGUCUCUGAGCAGCUGUGGAUCCCUUGUUUCAGACUUGCCUUACAAUAUUCACUGACAGGGAAGCUGUCAAGCAGGAUGGAAGAUAGUUCAUCCUUCCCAAAAAUGUGAGGAAGAGUAAACACUCCUCUCCAUUUAGCUAGACAAUAUCUCUCCUUUAUAAAUACAUUGGUGACUGGCUGGAGGAUUUAUCUGCUGUUGCUACAGAAGAGAAUUUGGGAAAACCUGAUGUAAAUGUUGAAUGGUGGAAGUCAUGAAGAAGUCAUGAAGAAGCAGAACUAAAACCUUUGCUUUAAUGGGGUAGUUGCCCAUGCACAGAAGCCAACUAUCAUUGGCUUCUUUUUAUAAACAUCCCAUGUUUUCCUAUUUGUUCCUAUUUGUUAGUUUAUUACAGAGGAUCCAUUAACGAGAGGGAGGCAUAACAGCUCUGCAGUGUGUGUUGCAUAGUAGCAUUCAAACCAUCUAUCUGGGAACUAGAGUAUUCUGAGUAUUUUUUAAGAGGUAGUAUACUCCUGAGGAUUGAGUGGUAGGGUCUUGGAUUCAAGUCCUAUUUCUGCUUUGGACUUGGGCAGGUCAUGAUUUAAUGCAUAUCUGUGAAAUGGUAUGAUAGAUACUUUAUAUUAAAUGUUGGGAAGUUAAGAUUAAAAAUGCUGAAUAAGGUAAUGGAACAUCAAAUUAUAUAGAAACAGGUCUGAAUAUUGAACAGAAAUAGCACUUUCUAGAUAAUAAGCUCUUGCUAUCAUCCUGAACUUUCAGGAUGUGGUAAUGCAGAAACUUGAGGCUUGGCUGUUAAAUGUUGGCCCUCAGAGGCUCAGCAAGCAAAAAUAAGUUAGCUUGUAACAGAGACAUAUUGCAUCUUCUGUGUUUUUAAUCAAAAUUUAUUAGCCAGCUGUGGAUUUCGGAUUUCUUUUCUUGAUGGAUCAACAUGGCUAUGAAUCAGGGUUUUUUGGUAAAAUGUAAGCCUGUUGAGAAUAAAUAUUUCCACUAAAAGCACUGUGCCAAAUAUAUUAUAAUCCACCCGGAUGUACUUCUAGCAAACCCAAUUGAUAUGUUUGGAGGAACAUGAAGGAGGCUGAAGUCCACAUCUGGAGAUCAUCUGGUUUGGGAAAGCUGUCAUAAAUAAGCACAUUUUUAGUCUUCUACCCACCAUCAUUUUCAGCUUCUGCACAGCUAUGAAUAUUUCACAUAUGAUCUCUUCAUGAAUAAAUGUAUGAAGGAUGCCUCAACUGUUUCAACCAUAAAUAUUUCCAUCUUUGUUGAAAAUGGCAUGUUCAGGGUCAAAUUUUAUUAAUGUCAUAGACCAUGAUUUUCCUUUUCCUCUCAGUUCAUCGAUGAAACUGACAGAAUUUGUCAAUUUCGUCAAUGCUGAGGAAAUUUCACCCGUUUACUCCUUUUCCUUCCCUACUAAUCCUGGCCUGAAAAGGAAACAGGGAGUUCCUGAUUUUUUUUUCUUCAAAAGAGUAUAUAUGCAUAGCAGUAUUUACUUGUUAGUUUAUAUGUUAAUUUUCUGAAGAAAAUUAGUUUCCUGAAGAAUAGGAAAGAAAACAGUGCAGGAGAUUAGACUUCGUGUGCAGUUAUAUCUACAUCUAGUUGUUGCAAAUCUGUAGAGCAACAAGAAACAGGAGAUUAUUCUCCCCUGCACAAGCUGGAGGAGCUGUGGUGACAUUUAUAACAGGAAAAUCUCAUUUGUGAAUGUUGAAAUGUGCAUCAGCUGAAAUGAAGGAAAAUUCUGAAGUCAUAGAUUUGUUUUAAAUGCUUUAAAUGUUUGUGAUUUUGACCUUAGGCAUAAAUGAGAUGUACUGAAAAACAAUGGAAUAAGUUAUUUAUGUCCUUUCAAGGGAAACUGAUCACAGCCAACUUGAGCUGAAACUGGUCCUUAGUCCAUUAGAUGAUAUCACAAAUUGAGACUCACUGAAUCUCAAGCAUUGAUAUAUUUAUAGUAAAAAUAUCUUACAAACUUAAUGGCAACAUAAAUUUGUAAAUCUGGGUAAAUGUCAUCAUUUAUAAUUAUAUAUCAUCUUUAUGGAUCCAAAAUGCAGACACUGAAAUAUAUUGUUUACAAUUUAAUGAAAAAAAUGUAUAAUACUUUCUGGAAAAUAUGCCUCUGAACUGAGAUGAUAACAAGUUUUCUGACAAAGAAAAUGGUUGAAAAUACUAUCAUAUUCAAAUAUAGUUGUCACUUUUCUUAACAGGAAAGUAUUUCUUCACAAGUAUUUACACAUUUAUCUUUGCUGGCCGUUCAAGGAAGCAGUGGGGAAUGAAGUCACAAAGACUGGGUAGAUAAAUCAAGCUAGCUGAUUUACUGGACAGAUUUGUACACAGGAGCAUUAUUUCCAGUUUUGAUUUCUAUGUGUUUCAUCUGAAAUGCAUUCAGAGGAGCGGGUUAUGAUUGAAAAGUGUCCAUGGGUUGCCUGUAUCAGCCUUUCUGCCUUCAUUUUUAUACAUUUUGGCCUUUAAAUUUGAGGAGCAAAAAACACUUUCAUUCCAGCUUGCUCACAGCUGGUUCCAUUUUUUUUUUUAAAAAACUGUCCUUGAAAAUGGGCUGUCUUUUCCCAGACAGCAUCUGCAUUUUAAGAGUUUGCUGUUGAUAGAGAAGAAAGUCGUACUCAUUCCUUUCUAUCUUCCCCUUCCCCUCCCAAAAAUCCAGCAUUAGCAUGACCAUUUCUCUUUUUGCAUGCAGCAACUGGCUAGUACAGAAAUAAAUUACGUGUUCUGGACAUUGGCGCAUCUUGCUGAGGUAACCCCCCCCCC